AUUUAAAUUGGCGCGAUUAAGGCGAUUAUUUUAAUUGGUGUAACGAACGAAAUUCAAAUUGGUUCGCGAAUAUCGGCUUUGAUCGGGUUUACUUUGUGCUCAUUUGUGACAUUGUGGCAUACAAGGUUCGACAUUAAAUAAUUAAUUGCGAUAGGUGAAGAAGUUUGGGUUCUGUGACGCUGACACGCGAAAAUGGAUCCGAUCGGGGCCAGCUGCUUCAGCCUUCAUCUCGAAGACUCGCAAAGGGCCAAACUCGAAGAACAGCAACGCCAAGAGGAACAAUUCAGCGAAGCCAUCACGAGCAUCAGAUCUCUAAGUCGCUACGACGGUAGAACUUUUAAAACCUUAUGCCCGCAAGUAUUAGCGGCGCUAAUAGCAGCGUCGUUCCACGUAGUAGUAGGUAUAAGCCUGGCUUAUUCUGGCAUUCUGAUACCCCAGCUGAACGACACAUCGAGCGGAAUCGCUGUGACUAAAGCGGAAAGCUCAUGGAUAGCUAGCACUAUUGUGAUAGUGGCGCCGAUAGGCGGGAUAACCGGGGGAUUCCUGAUGGACACGUUCGGAAGACUGAAUACGUUGAAGUUGGCCGUGGUACCGAGCGUAAUAGGGUGGGUCGCCAUAGCGAUGGCCCAGAAUGUUCCUAUGCUGAUAGUCGGCAGGAUAUUCACCGGAUUGGCAUCGUCUUGGGGUACGAGCCCUGCCGUUGUGUAUAUAACGGAGAUCGCCAGAGUUGAUGUGCGAGGAUCGCUAGUAUCAUUUGGACCAGCUCUUGCAUCUUUAGGUAUGGUCCUGGCAUUCUUAAAAGGCUGGUUUCUCAACUGGAGAUUGGUUGCCUGGAUGUCUCUAGGCUACUCGAUACUUCCUCUUAUUCUGAUCCAAGUCUUCGUGCCAGAAAGUCCACCUUGGUUGGUGGCCAAGGGUAAGAUCGAGGAAGCGGCUAAAUCUCUAAGGUACUUCAACAAGUAUCAGCCUCAGCCGGAACAUAGAACGGAAACGCUAGCCGAACUCCAGCUGGCUCUCCUCCAAAAAGAGCACCAAAUCAAACUCGAGGAGGAUAGCAAGCGAGGCAGCGGUAUCCUUACCAUCGCCAAAGAAUUCCUCAAAGCGACCGGCUACAAGCCCCUGUUCAUUCUAUUUGGCCUCUUCUUCUUCCAGCAGUAUUCCGGCAUCUAUAUCACGCUGUUCUACUCCGUGCAGUUCUUUCAAGCAAUUGGAAGUUCCAUAAAUCCGUAUCUCGCGUCGACCCUCAUCGGCACCGUAAGGUUCUCCAUGUCGUGUGCCAACACGUACAUGAUGAGGACUUUUUACAGAAGACCUCUGCUCAUGGUCUCCGGACUGGGCAUGUGUUUGUGCAUGGCGUUCUCGGGACUGUUCACACAAUGGAUACUUGAAGGUUCGUCGACGCAAAAUUGGGUGCCUACCACGCUUCUUCUUCUCUACGUCAUCACCUCGAUGGUGGGCUUGUUGCCCAUACCGUGGACAAUGACCGCGGAGCUGUUUCCGAUCGAAAUACGGGGCGUCGCCCAUUCGGUGGCUUACAGCGCCGCCAAUUUGCUGAUGUUCGCGUCGGUGCAGAUGUAUUACGUACUGUUGGACUGGUGGGGCGGCAUCGUCGGUAUUCAGUGGUUCUUCGCUGUCAUUUCGAUACUGGCGUCGGCGUACGUGUUCAUAUUCGUGCCGGAAACGCACGGAAAGAAGCUCUCCGAGAUAACCAACUACUUUUCGGACAGCGGCGCCAUCUACAUUCUAUCCAGGAAGAAAGACAAAGAGGCGCAGAAGCGCAGGACGCAGUCCCGGGUGCCUAAGCGGGACAUUGUCAAGUCCGGCAACCAAAACGAGAAGCUCAUCAACAGCGUGUGACCGCCAUGGAUUUUUUUUACGUUAGUUUGAUACUUUUUUAUUGUGCCGCCUCGCCGAAUAAAUUAUUUUGACAUUU